UACAGUUCGUUUAUCAUCUUUCCUUGAUGUAUAUAAACUAUCACUAUUUAAAUUUUGAAUAUUUUGAUAUGGAAUGAAUCUGGCGACAUUGGGCUGGCUUAUGAAGAGAGUUUAUUUACCAUUGUCGACGGCAUCCAAUGCAUUCAUUGGUUCUAAUGUGUGAACCAUGUUACAUUUUACCUUUUCUCGUAAUGAAUAAAAUCAAUAAUCAAAUAUUUAACCCCCUAACUAGUUCAUUAGUCCCCCAGAACCGAUCUAAUUUUCCAGCGUCAAAACAGUAAUUCCCAUUCCAGCACGCUUCAUAACCGAAAUUUCCCACACCUCCAAGCGUGAACUACUGAAUAAUUAAUCGCCCUCUGACCAAAACCAAAUCAACCUUCAACCAAGUUCCAUAAUUAUUAAUCAACGUCCAACCACGAGGCACUCGACGGCACAUUUUAGAGUGUUUGACCAACAGGUUCUGCCCCCGUUAAAACCUUAUUAACGGCAACGUCACCCUUCCGUUCUGUCAAACAAUUGGCCUCCCUCGGCGGGAGUGGAUGAAAAUGUCAUCCAAGAUCAAAAGCAUGUGAUAAUCCACGUCACAAUCCGCGUCAUCGACCUGUGGAUCGAAGCCAUUUCUGCCAGGAAGCAUGAAAAGUGCGCAUGAUUGGUGUAAUUCGUGGUGGCACCAAGUUUUGUUUGACCCACGGAACUUCGAGCUCAGUUGCCCGCGAAGGAUCGACCCAUUAGGACGUUCCUAGAAAAAGUUCCUCUCGGUCUCAUUAGCCCUCAAAAGUUGUUCAAAUGUCUAACGGUAACGAAACGCAGCCUGGUGGAUGUAGUGUUGUAGUGAAUGUGCUCUGUUACUUUGUUGGAGUAGCCAACCGCUGAAAGCUUUCCUUGUGCUACUUACAAGAACAAAAUAAUCAACCGUUUUCUCGGAUUAUAACUAACGUGUUGAUCUAUUUGAUUUGGCGGACGACGAUAUGGGAUGUGGACCUUCCAACGCAGCAGCUGUGCCCGCGGUGGACGGUGAUGACUCCCCAACGGUUUCCGAGACGUCCAAGGCGACCUAUCCACAUAGUAGUGUAUUGAUCACUUCAACCUAUCGGAUAACAUCGCUUCCCAUCGUGCAGGUUGACUCCCCCUCGGAGGCGUUCGAGGUGCCGCUGGACGACGCGGACAACGCGGACAGCCUGAUCCGGAAGCACCCACCGAAGCGCCUCCAGCGACUCGAGGAGCAACCCGGCAGCCCACCCACCAUCGACGAGCUGGAGGAAAAGCUGGCCACGGCCGAAAUGCGCCGCCAACAGUUUUUGGCCAGCCGGUCGCAGAAGACACUAACCUUGGACAAAACUGGCCAGGAGGAAAAUGGAGACGUUGACGUCAUCAAGGAGGAGGAUGAACCCGGGGAGGAGGAAGCAAAGAAUGAAGAAGGAGGAGAAGAAAAGUGUGACGAUGAGAAGGAAAAGGAAGAAAUGAAGGUGGAGGAAAGUUAAGGUGUUCUUCACUGAGAUCGCAAUAAAGUGCUGCAUACUUUUAUAUUAAACAUACAUUUAUUAAUCUUUUCACUUUCAUUAUAUACUUUAAAUUCUUGUUUAUAUAUAGAUCAUUUGAACCUAGCUUGUCACUUUAAUAAUUAUAAUAAUCAAUAAUCAAUAAUCAAUCGUUAAUAAGAAUAAUAAUAAUAUUUUUGGCAUACCCGUAUAAUAUUUUUAUAAAAUAAACACAUUUCCACUUUUUUUACUAUUAUUUCUCUAUGUAGAAUUAUGCUUCUUUCUCUCCAAAUUUCAUAAACACUUUUCAAGUUUUAUGUUUCGCCUUCGUAAAUAUCUUCACCUCUAGCUCAGCAUGUUUCCAAUCCACUUUGUUUUUUUGUUAGGAAAAAUCUCGUUUUGUCAAAAGAAAGAAAAUAAUUCGUUCGCAAGUGAUUUCGCUACACACGAUAAAUCUCAAUUCUCUGAUUUUCUUAGGAUAUUUAGGCUUCUUCUUAGUAAAAUGUGUUUUUUGCCCCUUUCAUUUUUAAAUCGAUUUCACCACUCUCUUUUUAUAGUUGCUCUGACAAUUUCGCGUUGCUCAACUUGUUCAUUUCACUGUAGUACAAAAAUUUGAACAAAAAACAAAUCUCUAAAGUUAGUGGUUCCUUACACAACACAACGUUUUCUUUUUGUUCGAUUUGAGAUUUCUUCUUUGCUACCUCUUUCUAAAUGUUGUGUUUGUGUACUCGUGUGAGUGCUGCAUGCAGUUUUGUAUAGAAAAAAGUAAGAGCUUUCUCGAAAUAUUCCUUAUCUAAACAUCCAUCUAAAUAUGUGUGUGACUGUGACUGGGAGUGAGUUCUUUUUUGUUAGGUUUGGAUUUUUAUUAUUUUUCAAGGUGAGUAUGUAAACAUGAAUGUGUGAUGCUAGAUGCCGCGUUUUUUUUCUAUAUAUUUUGCUCUAAUUCGAUUCUCUAUUAAAUACUUUGAAAUGUUUGAUUCUUUUCUGUUUCGUGUGGGAUGGUGGAAAUAUUGGUUGAUCUUUGUUUUUGCGUUUACGUUUCGAGAGUUGUAAUGGUCUGGUUCCGGUAGUGGUGUUAGUGCAUAACACAACCGCUUUAUUUGUCUGCAAUCGUUGAAAAUUGUUUGUUUUUUACUGAAAUUAAAGGUUUUUAAACACAGACAAGCAGACGCGAAACUCUGUUGAAAACCAUAAUUCAAAAAAUAAACGGACAAUUUGAAUGAUCGGAAACUCACCACAGCAAUUUUAAAUUCGCCACAGUAUAUUUCGAACUGUUGCUUGAAAGUCAAACGCUAGUAAAUGAGGCGUGGUGAAUUCAAAAAGUUGUGGUGAGUUUCUAAUCCCUCUAUAUGAAUGUUAUAUUGAUUUUUGAUGUCUUUUUUUAAGAUUUAUGACUGUGCUAACAAAAUGAGUGGAUCAUUAACAAUUGAAACAAAAAUGAAAAAAAAAUGCUUAAAGUUUUCUAUCGUUCUGAUUUGUAAACAAUAGUUUUCCAUUGUUGAAAUUUGAUAAUAAAAAAUACUAAAAUAAAUCAUGUUGAAGAAGGCUAGGUCUAAAUGGUUUGAAUUAAAAUUAUUAUAGAAAACUUCAAUGAUUGUUGAGUUUAUACAAAAAAACCUUUAGUAAUAAAAAAGAGAAUAAAAACAUUCUAUGUCAUGUUUUAUUAUUUGUUUGAAAGCAGUGUUUCUUAAAAGUUUCAGGUUAUGGUCAAAUUUGAACGCUAAAUACUUUGAAAUGCUCUUUGCCACUUUUUUGCUUGCCAGCUUUUCUCUGCAUCAGAACAUUUCGUUACCUAUUUUGUGUAUAUUCAUCAAAUAAAUAGAACUUCUCAACAAAAAUCUAUUUUUUCUUUGUGCUUACGAUACCACUUGAUUUCUUCACUAUCUCUGUUGUUUUUUUUUUUUUUUCAGUGUAUAAAUAUUUGAUUCUUUAUUUUCCAUUCUCCAUCUCAUUUAGUUUAGUAGCGCUUGUUUUUUCGGCUACAAUUCUGCACCUUGUUAGGUAUACAAAUGUUAUGAAAAAUACUGAUUAAUUCCAGAAAACUGCAUCAGGUUUCGGGGCUUCUUUUUCUGCGGGUUUCUGUAUGCCGUUUAUUGUAGUACUAGUUUUCUUUAUACUAGUUUGCCUGUCUUUUUUUUUUGCUUGUUUUCUCCAAUUUUCUGUUCUUUUCAAUAUGAUACAUCAAAAUGUGCGUUAAAUUGGUUGUAUGUUUUUUUCUUCUUCUUUACCUACUUUCAUAUGUCAACACUUAUAUAAGUUCUAUAAACAAUAUUUAUCUGUUCGAGUAGUGAUUUCUGUUUCCUCUUGUUUCCUUUGUUAUUUUCGUUUGUGUAACAUUACUUUUUGUUUCGCAUUUGCUAUUUGGAUUCAGUGUAUUGGUUUCGGUUUUGUUUGGUUUCUUUUUUUGUUUGUUAGUGUGAGUGAGUUUAUCGUUUUAUUUGCAAUUUUGUUUGAUUUUUUGUUUCAGAAAGCAAAACCAACGACAAAGCUGGUGCAAGAACACAGAUUUCAUCCGAUUUCCGAAAUAGUUGCCAAUUGUUUUUGUUUCGUUACAGGGAAUCAGUGCUUUUCUUCAAGAUUUUUUUUGUUCUUUUUUGUGAAAAUAGCAGAAAAUUUACAAUUACAGUUUGGUUCUAGGAUUUUAUACGUACUCGAUGCCACUUUGCGAAAAAUAUCCUUUAGUUUCUCUCAAAAUUUGAUUUUAGUUUUGCUUCUUUAUCAAUUUCAAAUAACCCUGUUUUUGUCAAAUUUAAAAUUAAUCAAUGUUUUGCACUUGUUUUGGUUUUAACUUUAAUUUUUAUUUUUAAUUACUCUAGUUACACGUUUUAUAUUUCGCUCACACUUAGUUUUAUUUCUCUCUUUGCGAUGAUGCUUUGUUUAUACACGUUGCUCUACAUGAGUACAAAACUACUGUUUUUUAGAAGAUAUCUUUUGGUUUUACUAGUCUGUUACACUUACACCGUUUUACACUAGACUUGUUUCUUUGUAUGCCCCUAUAUUUGGUUCUAAUGAUGUUGAGAUAAACGAAACGUAUCAAACAACAACUGAGUUAUCAAACUUUUGCAUAUGUGUGAGUGUGUGCCACGUAUAUAAAAUUUUCUUCAAUAAAAAAGAACAAUUAUACUGGCGCAACGUUUAGUAUUUUAUCACCCUCUUUUCUUUAAUGAUUCUUACGAUUUAGCAUUUGUCGUGUUUUGGUUUGUUACAAGUUCCUUACGUUUAGUACACCUCCUUUUACACGUACAGUGUUAUUAUUUCAUUACCUUUAUUAUUGUCAGCUGAUAAUAAUAACUAUGUUACGAUUACACUUUUGUUUUAAACACAAUUCAUUUUAUUUAAACCGUCUUAACUUGCCCUCCUCGAACCUAACAAAUGAACGUGUAUAAAAUGUUCAUCACGUGAGAGUUUGAGUGCACGACCAUUUCCAGUGUAUGUGUGUGUCGCAACGUAAUGCAUUUGCCGAAGGUGAAGCAACAGUUGACAAGUUGCCACCUUCCCCAAAUGAAUCGCCUUGCUUGUUUUUUUCCUAAUUCAUUUGAGCCGAAAUGAACCCCCCAAAGAGAGCGUCCGUUUCAAGUUCUUCACGAGCGAGAAUGAGCGUGUUGCAUGCAAGCGAACAAAAAAGAGAGGCUUGCAUGCAAGUCGUUGCACGCGUGCCAUUUUAUGGCACACUUGGACGACCGCGAGCGCCUCGACUAAACUGAUUUGCGAGAACAAAACUAAGGCCAUUUACACGUUUGAACCAACUUAGGACACAUUUCUAGCUUAAAGUCUGCUUUAAAUCUAGUUUGUUUGCCUAACUGCUCUAAAUUUCUAAUGUUUGCCUGCUUUAGUGCCCAAAGGUAGUUGAGAACAAACCGUCCAACAAAAAUCUCUUUCCAUUCCAACAUCGACUCAACCUUCCUUUUUAAAAAGCUAUCACCAUAACAUUCAGCUGCGCCACUUUCGUUCCAUUUAGCCUAACCUAAAAACCAGCUCUACUGUACACAGAAAUCGCGAACUCUACUGGGACUUCGACUAUUCUUGGCUGAGUUUCACCUCUUCAUAGUGUUUUUUUUCAUUAGGGUACGUGUUGACUACUCUUGUGUUUCCUUCUUUUUUUUUUUCACUACUCUAUU